UGGAUGCAGACCCACAACAAGUCGAUCUUGACAUUUUUACGUAUGACCAGUGGCAGCUGAGUCUGUGCCAGAACGACAGGCAGCAGCAGGUACAGCGCAGCCAUCACUACCUGAGAGAGCCCGUCCACUUCCCGCCCACCUUCCAUCAGCUGCUGCCCCGGACAUCGUAUGAGAGACAGAGGUCAGAGGUCGGAGUCAUAGACAGGGACAAGAAAGGGCCCAACACCCUCCUCUCCCUCAAGAGCCAGGUACCCAAACCCGGUGACCCGGCAGGCAGACGGAGAAGUUCCCUCCUCUCCGAGAGCAGACAUACAGGAGGCAUAAGACGAGAGAGUAAAGCCAAACAGCACAUUUACCAAAUGCUUGCUGGCGCUGUGGCUGCUCCUCUUACUUCGUUAUCGGAUGAGGAGGAGGAGGAGGAGGAGGAUAGGGAGGAAUCGUUGGCAGAACAUACCUCACUCUCUUCUCCCCCCACCCUGCCGCAGUUAUGAGCUGCUGGCCUAACGAGAUGCGGACGGAUGGUAGUUGAAGCCAGGAGAGAGUGAGGGAGUGUGUGUGUGUGUGUGUGUGUGUGUGUGUGUGAGGGAGGGAGGGACUGUGUGUGUGUGUUUGAGUGAGUGAAUGUAUGUUUGUGUG